AUGAAGGUAAAAUAUAUUUAUUUUAUAUUAAGAUUUUCAUUAUCUCUUCCUUAAUUUUGUUAAGGUUAUAUUUAAAUUAAAAAAAUAUUAGCCAGCAAAUUGAAUUUUUUGACAAGGCAAUUUUACUUAAUCCUCAAUAUGAUAUUGCUUUGAAUAAUUAAGGUAAUUUAAUAGAUAUUUUAAAAUAUUUAGACUCAGCAUUAUCUAUUCAUUUAUCUUACUUUAAAAUUUAAGGAAAUUAAAAAAAUAUUAAGAAUCCCUUUAACGUUUCGAUAAAGCAAUAUCAAUAAAUCCUAAAUAUGUUUGUUGAAUGGAAUAAUAAGGGUAAAUUAUAAUUAAACAUCAGAUUUGGCACUAAUUCUCUACACUAAGUAAUCAUUAGUACAUCACUUAAAGAAAUUUUUAAAUGCUUUAUAAGCUUAUGAUAUACAUUAAAUCCUAAAAUAUCAAUUAGAAAAGGUACAAAUUCUUAAUCUAAUUUAAAUGUAGCUGUAACACUAAAGCUGUUGAACAGAAUCUUUAAAAUACUUGAAUUAGGGAACAAACAAGAAGCAAAGAAUUUUUAUUUAGCAGCCUUGGAAAAAGGGGCAAAUGAAAAGGAUUAAAUUUAGAAAAUAAUAUAUAAGUUAUGA